CAGGCCCCCCCCAUGGCCCCCCCUCCCCGCGGGGCCCCCCCGGGCUGGGCGCUGGCGCUGCUGGCCUCCCUCUGGGGGGGCUGUGCCCCUUGCCCCUCGGUUUGCCGCUGCGCCGGCGGGCGAGUCUACUGCAACGACCGGGGGCUGACGGCGGUCCCCGAGGGGCUCCCCCCGGGGGCCACCACCCUCUUCCUCCAAAACAACCGCAUCGGCGACGCCGGCAUCCCGCCGCGGCUGGGCCGCCUGCCGGCCCUGCGGGUCCUCUACCUUUACGCCAACGCCUUGGAGCAGCUCCCGGCUCACCUCCCGCCGGCCCUGCGCGAGCUUCACCUCCAAGACAACAACGUGCGGGGGCUCGGGCGGCGGGCUCUGGCCCGCGCCCCCCUCCUGGAACGCCUUCACCUGGACGACAACUCGGUGUCGGCGGCGGGGAUCGAGGAGGACGCCUUCGCCGAGAGCCGCCGCCUGCGCCUCCUCUUCCUCUCCCGCAACCACCUCAGCAGCGUGCCGCCGGGGCUGCCGCCGGCGCUGGAGGAGCUGCGGCUGGACGACAACCGCAUCCACACCAUCCCGCUGCGGGCCUUCGAGGGGCUGCCGGCCCUGCGGCGCCUGGUGCUGGACGGGAACCUGCUGGCGAACCAGCGGAUGGCCGACGACACCUUCAGCCGCCUCCACAACCUGAGCGAGCUCUCGCUGGGCCGCAACGCCCUGGCGGCUCCGCCGGCCAACCUGCCCCGCGCUCGCCUCCGUCGCCUGUCGCUGGCGGCCAACGCCAUCAGCCACGUCCCCCCCGGGGCUUUGGCCCGCAUGAGGGCCCUGGAACGCCUGGACCUGUCGGAUAACAACCUCAGCACCUUGCCCCGGGGGCUCUUCGACGAUUUGGGGAGCCUGAGCCACCUGGGGCUGCGGAACAACCCCUGGUUCUGCGGCUGCAACCUGGCCUGGCUGAGGGACUGGCUGAGGCGCCGGGCGCCGAGGGGCUUGGAGGUGAGGGGGCUGCUGUGCCAAGCCCCCGCCCGCCUCAGGGGGCUGCCGGUGGGGGAGCUCAGGGGGGAGAUGGACGCCUGCGGGACCCCGGCUCCGGAGGAAAACCGGGGAGGGGCGGCGGGGGGGGCGGCGGGGGG